GGUUUGCACUCUCUCCCUCGCACCUACGCUUCUUCUUCUCCCAUGGCGUGCACGAUCGACUUCCGCUCUCUCGACGAGGGCUUCGGCGGCAAAACCUACAAGCGCAAGCGCGAAUCCCAAUCCUCCGCCGCAACCUCCGCGGCCGCCGAUGGUGGCGCCGCCAUGGAAAUCGACGACGCCCGCCCGCCGCCGUCGAAGCGGACGGCGAUCCCCUCGCUGGAGGACCCCGACAGGCCGACUACCGCGUCGACGUUCUCCUUCGGGAGGCCGACCUACGACGGGGUGAUCGCGGGGAGGGUGUCGGGGCGGAAGUGGAAGCAGCCGCGGAGGCAGCGGGCGUCGGCGGCGAGGGCGAGCGUGAAGGGGACGAGCUUGGAGGAGAGGGUGAGGCAGAAGGAGAUAAAGAGGGCGUACAGGGAGAGGAUGUCGGAGCUGAAGGAGGCGAUAAGGGCGAACAAGGCGGAGAAGAGGAGGAAGAGGGAGGAGAGGGAGAAGAAGAAGCAGGAGAACAUACUGAGGUCGGGGACGAAGCUCCAGAAGAUCACCAACCCGAAGACGCUGAAGAAGAUCGCCAAGUCGAAGCAGAGGAAGCUGCUCAAGGUCGUCCCUGACGAGUUGGUCAAGAAGUGAAGCUUUCUGUGUUCUUGUUUCAGGGUCACUUUUCCUUUGCAGUUCCUGUUGUUUUAUGUAUGAGAAAUGAAGUUUUGAAUGAGAUCAAGAUCAGGUUUAUCCUCUUAUCUUUGCCUUUCUUGAAGUCUUCGUGCUCUUUGGUAAAUUCACUGAAAUUCGAAUCUGAUUGGAGUCUUGAAAUCUUUAGAGUGUGUAAUGGGUCUAACCUCAUUUUCAGUUUCUGGUGAGGGAUGAGAGAAGAUCGAUCAGGAUCGUGUUUACCUCAUGAUCUGGACUUCUUGAAGUCUUCUUUAUGCUCAUUUGGUAAUUCACUGAAUUUGAAUCUGAUUGAUAUCAAGCUGAUAGCUGAUUGGAUUCUUGAAA